AUGGCCCCGCGAACUGAUGACGUCAUGAGACUAUGCUGCAAGCUUUCUGCGGACAAGAAGAUCAAAGCAGCGGUGAAAAAUUGUGGUAAAGGAGCAGCAGUCACGGGAGGGGCCGCUUUUUUAGGCGGGAUUGUAGGUGGUCCUCCUGGAAUAGCUGCAGGCAGUUUAGUGGGAGGCCUGCUUGGAUACUGGAUGACCAGUGGAAAGUUUCAACCUGUUCCUCAAAUUCUCAUGGAGUUGCCUCCUGCUCAGCAGCAGAAGCUUUACUCUGAUGUCAUGGCUGUGCUUGGCAAUCUGGCGUGGACUGACUUUACCCAGUUAAUUGCACUGGUUAUGGGCAAUUCUACCCUACAGCAGCAAGUUAUUGCUGCUUUGAUGAAUUUCAUCACUAAGGAGCUGAGGGCCGAGAUACAACAUGGAGACUAA